AUGGCAACUAUAAAGCCGAAGUUGAAAGUGCUGAAAAAGCGUCGCUCCAGUCUUUUUGCGACCAUUAAACGGGAAACGAGUGUUUCACAAAGCAUUGAAGAACAGGAGAGUGAAUUUCCUUUUUCACAAGACAGCUCCGUGAAACCAUGGACAUCUAUGGACAACCUCGAUGCUCCUGAUGAGAACACAGUUGCAACAAAGGAUCAGAGAAAAGACGCACCAAACCCAAGGCAAUCAAACAUAGUCAACCUCAACGUGGGUGGAAAGGUGUUUCACAUCCCGAAACAUUUGGUCCUCCGACAUCCAAAAACCAGGAUUGGUGUCCUUGCCCUCUGUGAUGAUCCGGUCAAGCGUCUGACGCUCUGUGAUGAUUACAAUGUUCAUAAUAACGAGUUCUUUUUUGACAGGGACCCCAUGUUUUUCCACUACAUAUUCCACUUUUACUGCAGUAAUGUCCUGUGGGUGAUGGACAGCCUUUGCCCUGUCAACUUUGAGGAAGAGAUGUCAUUCUGGGGGCUGAAACUGAAGGAUACUCCAAGGUGCUGCCGUAUUCUGUUUGAGGAGAAACUGGAUGACAUCAGAGACCAACUGAAGGUCAAUCAGGAGCUUAUUGAUGAGAUUAAACCUCACCAGGAUGACGAGGGGUACAAGACCAUGUUUCUUGGAGACUUUCGGAAGGCCCUCUGGGACUUGAUGGAGAAUCCCUACUCCUCACUGUCAGCCAAAGCCUUUGCUGUGUUUUCCAGUCUCUUUGUGCUUAUUUCUAUUGUUGCAAUGACAAUGAAUACAGUGAAAGAACUCAGGGAGUACAAAUUAGCUGGCAAAACCUACAUGGAGUGGGUAGAGAUUGGUUCCAUCCUUUUCUUCACCUCGGAGUAUUUUUUGCGGUUAGUCACCACAUCCAACAUCAAACAUUUUGUGAAGAGUGCACUCAACUUCGUUGAUGUGGUAGCUGUUAUGCCCUACUUCAUCCAGAUCCUUUUUGAGGCAUUUGUUAUAGAUUCAGAAGACUUCAGCGCACAGGAAGAUUUGAAGGCCAUGGCAAGGGUCAGUAAAAUCAGCAAGGUGCUCAAGGUCGUCAAGCUGAUGCGGAUCUUCCGUAUCUUGAAGCUUGCCCGUCAUUCCACAGGCAUGCGAGCAUUUGGAUUCACCAUCCGCCAGUGCUCUGAGCAGGUAUGCUGUCUGUUUCUAUUCAUUGCCAUGGGCAUCUUCACCUUCUCUGCUCUGAUGCACUCUGUGGAGGUGGAUCAGCCUGGGACACCAUUCAGCAGCAUACCAGAUGCUUGGUGGUGGGCUGCGGUAAGCAUCUCUACUGUGGGCUAUGGAGAUGUUGUCCCUAUCUCCUAUCUUGGCCGCUGUGUGGCAUUUGGCUGCAUCUCGUUUGGCAUCAUCCUCAACGGCAUGCCCAUCUCCAUUUUGUUCAACAAGUUCUCCGACUACUACGCCAAACUGAAGGAACAGGAAUACACAUUUUCAAACACAGAGCGCACCUUCCAGCUCAGGAAACGUCUGAGGCGUAAGUUUGACAACUGCUUCGAACCCCAGCCAGAUGACUCCGAUGAUGAGAUACACUAUCGGCCCAGUGGAAGGCAAACUAUCCAUGAGAGCGAGGAUUGAGAGAAACUGCCUAGUACUUGCUAUCCCUAAAUGGCCUUAUCACCCUUGGGUCUAGAAAGUGUAAGACCCCAUCUGCCUCCAACUCUGAGCCUGUGUGAUUUAAGACAAACAAUCUAAGGGGGGGAAAUGGAGGAAGCAGCAAGUUGGGAUAAGCUUUAAGCCUCAGCUUUAUAGUAGUUGCUGUUUGCACGCAGAGGCUGAUGACUCCUCUGUCAAAUAGACAAGAUGCUCCCACUGGACAGCUUGUUAUCUGUUUCCAAGAACAGCAUUCAGCUGCAACUAAUUCUGACUAAACUGAAAUAGAUGUUUGACACAAGGAGGUCAAGUAGUAACAUUAUUAAUGAAGCAAUGUUACAGUGAUCGCUUUGAAGGGAGCCAGCUGCUUGUGAAGAACUCAUUUCAUUAGAAGUGCUAUUAAGGAACUGUUUUGGACAACUACAUGGUCUCUUAAAUUUUACUUUGCGUUCCUGAUACUCCACACUACAGACGGUAUAACUUUGAUUUCAUUCCUCUGUAAAAGUUUUGCCCAACAGCCAGUCAAACAUCACAUUGGGCGGUAGUAAUUGUCUUCCACUUUUUUAGGCUAAGGAAAUACAAAUGUACAAGCAAUGAAAACCUCAGAUUUAUACUAUGGGCACCUGAGAAAAAUUCCACAUCAUCAGUGGAAAGCUCUCCCAUGUGCCAUGUGUCAUGUGUCAGCAAAGUGGCAUUCUUGUGAAAUGUACACCUUUUUUCUCGGACCAGUCACUCAGCAUGCUCUUGACUGUACCUAAGUGGGAGGAGAGGCACGGCAGCGGGUGUGUCAGUAGCGAUCAAGAUCCUGAGUGUAAUUUUGUUGUCAAGGAUUACUGGGAUUGCUGCUUGCUCCUCCUUCCUGGUCAGACAAGGGCAAAAGUCAGUCAUGUCCUGGGGUAUUUUAGUUGCGCUGAAUCUGAUCAAGUGCGCACAGUCAGGUCCUAUUUAUGUGCUUACAAGCCACUUUCAUGAAUGAUAGCAGAUCGAUUUGUUUCUGAUAUAGGUCUCUCAAGCAGGAAAAAUGAGAUAAGAGACAAUGGUGCUUAUAAUUGUCAUCCAGCAGGUCAGUGUUUGGCAUAGUCCCUGCAGGGAGUGAGAAGUGAGCUCCAUGUUCUUCCUGCCUUUCUAAUAGUAUUACAGGAUAAGGUAAUGGGAGAGAUGCCAGUGGUUCAAUAGUGUCGUCAGCAUCAAUUAAAACUCAAGAGUACUGAGAGAUUUCGGCCGUCUCAUGUGACUCAGGCAGGGCUGAGUGGACAGGAAUAGAUGAAGUCAAAAGGUACAUCAGGGAAAGGUCAGUAAGACAAUCAGACACAGAUAGACAGGUAGAAAGAUACGCAUAUAGAAUAUUAAGGAACAGAUGAAGCGCAACAGUUUGACUAAAAUUAUUGCAUAUCAAAAGCUAAUAUUUGAUAUAAAAUAUAUAAUCUUUCACUUGGUGGAGACAGACCUGCAGUAUACAUUAAUGUAAAAUGAUGUUGUAAGAGCAAGACGUUGAAGGUCCAACAGGUGUACUUGUAACAUAUACACUUCAUCCACCAGAAAUAGUGCAGAUACCAUAUGUACCUGAUACACUGAUACACAGGCAUAUAACUCUGAAUGACCCUAAAGCUGUGAUAAGAUAUUUUAAGUAAUACAGCAAGUGUUAGCAAAAAGCUGAUAGUGCUGGUGAACAAUCUGGUGAUAUUUUUCUGUGGGUUCAUCACUUAAAGGCGGCCCCUUUCAUAUUACAAACAGUCAUUUGAUCCAUUGUUUAUAUACAAAUAUUGAUUGGUGCAGCUUUAAACUUUACAUCCUUGAAAAGACACAUCAGGCAGAGAAAGUGGAAACACAGAUUUUUCCUUUCGUUCCAGGAAGGUAUGGAUGAUUUUGCAUCUAUAAUUAUGGUGGCCCUGAAGUGCAAAACAAAACAACAUUUGGGAGAAGAAAUUAGCCAGAGUAUUAGAAAAUAUCUGGGUGAACUAACUUGAAUAUUAUGCUGUUAAUGAAAAGCACCGAGUUUAACCCCCUUAUACAAGAAAAAAAAGAUGGGAAUCAGUGCGGUGAAAGGAAUUAGACAAGUAAGACUGAUAUAUUUUCGACUCUAUAUCCUGCGCUCAGCACAGCAGAUGAGAGUAAUAAACCAAUCAUUGCUUACCAAAGAUAUCAUCAUUGGAGGUUAAAAUGCCAAACAUAGCCAGAAGUACAUUUGAGACAUUAAAGUGCUACCUUUCAUGUUUUUCACCACUGCUGGAAAUAUGAAACAUUAAUCUCGGGCAUGAUUAUGCAACUACAGUAUGGCCUGGGGUGAACAUGUGUGUGAAUAGUUGCGUCAAUAUCCUUGACAUAUUUUAGCCAGUUGCUCUCUGUUCUAAUUAGCUCCCAUCCCUCAAGAUGUGUCAAGAUAAGGUGUAAAGAUCAAGGAAAACUGUUCUCUGUAAUAACAUAAAUUAUAUUUGACAAUUUUCAAACAAACAUAUGUAAAUGCUGGGAGAAAAAUUGGAGUUGAGGGACAUCUCUGAAAAAAACAAAUUAAGAAGCCUAAAACCAAAUUAAGAUCUGGGCUUAUUAACAACUGUACUG